UAAUUGCUACUGUCCGCACACCUUUGUUACUUGUUUUUCCGCACCCUUCACCUAUAACAUGUGCAAUGCACGUGAUUAAUUUUCAGCACUAAUAAUGGGGGUUUAAUGGGCCAUAAUAAAAAGGUUGUUUUCGGAGCUAGCCAACGCUGCUCUCAUCCCCUCCCAGAAACUAAUGGUCGAUCCUCAAGUUGAAGUUCCCCUGAAGUUGUUGAAUGAACAACCUUUGUACAGAAAAAUCUGCAACACCCUCCUCUCUCUAACCUACUCUCGUUCCCUCCCCAAAGGCCUCCAACUCCACGCUCACAUUCUCAAACUAGGCUUACAAACAAUCCCUCUUCUCUCCCACCACCUCAUCAACUUCUACUCCAAAACUCAUCUCCCUUAUUCUUCCCUUCAAAUCUUCAAUGAUUCCCCUCACAAAUCACCCACCACUUGGAGUUCCCUAAUCUCCUCCUUCGCACAAAAUGACCUCCCUACCCUCUCCCUCCACUUCUUCCGUCUUAUGCUCCGUCAUGGCCUCCCCCCUGACGACCAUAUCUUCCCCAGCGCCACCAAAUCAUGUGCCAUUCUUUCCCACUUCCCCGUUGCAAUGUCCCUCCAUUGCUUUGCCAUCAAAACCGCUUACCAUCUUGACCUCUUUGUGGGAAGCUCCAUUGUUGAUAUGUAUGCUAAAUGUGCUCAUAUUAAUUAUGCGCGUAACGUGUUCGAUGAAAUGCCCCACAGAAAUGUUGUUUCUUGGAGUGGGUUGAUUUAUGGCUAUGUUCAAUUGGGUGAGGAUGAUGAAGCUUUGAGGCUUUUUAAACGCUUUCUCGUUGAAGGAAACGAGGGUGUUAAUGAUUUUACAUUGUCAAGUGUUUUAAGGGUUUGUAGUGGUUCCACUUUGCUUCAGAUGGGGAAGUUAAUACAUGGGUUGAGUUUUAAGACUAGUUUUGAUUCGUCCUGCUUUGUGGCCAGUUCUUUGAUUUCUUUGUAUUCUAAAUGUGGGGUUGUUGAAGAAGCUUAUGACGUUUUUGAGGAGGUUACUGUUAGGAACCUUGGCAUGUGGAAUGCCAUGUUGAUUGCUUGUGCUCAACAUGCACACACGAAUAAAACGUUUGAGUUGUUUGAAAUGAUGAACAGUGUUGGUGGUGUGAAGGCUAAUUUCAUUACUUUUUUGUGUGUGCUUUAUGCAUGUAGUCAUGCUGGGUUGAUAGAGAAGGGUAAGCAUUAUUUUGAGUUGAUGAAGGAUUAUGGUAUUGAACCUGAGACUCAACAUUAUGCUACCAUGGUUGAUUUGCUUGGCCGUGCUGGCAAGUUAAAGGAUGCUGUUAAGGUGAUUGAGGAAAUGCCAAUGGAACCUACUGAAUCUGUUUGGGGAGCUUUGUUAACUGGGUGUAGAAUACAUGGGAAUACUGAAUUGGCUUCUUAUGUUGCUGAUAGGGUUUCUGAGAUGGGUUCUGUGAGUUCAGGACUUCAUGUUCUGCUUUCUAAUGCUUAUGCUGCUGCUGGGAGAUGGGAGGAAGCGGCGAAAGCGAGGAAGAUGUUGAGGGAUACAGGAAUAAAGAAGGAAACAGGGUUGAGUUGGGUGGAGGAAGGGAAUAGAGUUCACACAUUUGCGGCUGGGGAUAGAUCUCAUGCGAAGACAGUGGAAAUUUAUGACAAGUUAGAGGAAUUGGGAGAAGAAAUGGCUAAAGCAGGAUAUGUUGCUGAUACUUCUUUCGUGUUGAAAGAAGUGGAUGGUGAGGAGAAGAGUAGAAGUAUAAGGUAUCAUAGUGAGAGAUUAGCUAUUGCAUUUGGACUUAUUACGUUCCCUCACGGACAACCUAUAAGAGUGAUGAAGAAUUUGCGAGUUUGUGGUGAUUGUCACACUGCCAUCAAGUUUAUUAGUAAAUGUACAGGAAGAGUCAUCAUUGUGAGGGACAAUAAUCGGUUCCAUCGAUUUGAGGAUGGAAAAUGUACUUGUGGAGAUUAUUGGUGAGCAUACAUGAGGGACAUGAGAACCACUCAUAGAGAAAACAUUAUUUACGUGGAACAGAAAUAGCAUCAGCUUGCAGUUAUAACAUUACAGGUCUCUUUGUUAAAAAAUAUCGGAUAACAGAUAAACUAGCCAAUAGCAAAUUAGCUUACAUCAUUCAUAAAACCAUAUGCAGAAAGAGGAAAAGCUAUUUACUACUUUACUAGUUGAAGAGCUCCAAAAACAAUUUAGUCCUCGGUAGUCACUACAAGUUGCAUUCCGCAUGAAUCCUUCUGUGAAAAAACAAACCAGACAGCGGUGGAUGAUAAGGACAUGAAUCUGGCUAUCAUUUCUGAUAUGAAACCAAGUUUAUCAUUGCCAACCUAAUUUUAUUUUGUAUUCUUGAUUGAUGGAAACAACAUUCAAAAACACGUUUUCUUUUGACAAAAACAGCAUCCAAACAUAAAGACAUACAUUUAGAGAAGAUAAAUUGACAAAAAUUAGAACUA